AUGUCCGUUUCAUCAUCGUCGCAUCAUAUCAAAGUGGUGCCUCUUGGUGCUGGUCAAGAUGUUGGUCGGAGUUGUGUUAUUGUUACUCUCGGACGAAAAACUAUCAUGUUUGAUUGUGGAAUGCAUAUGGGCUAUAAUGAUGAAAGAAGAUUUCCUGAUUUUAAAUUUAUAUCAAAGAAUGGACAAUUUACUCAAACAAUUGAUUGUGUAAUUAUUUCUCAUUUUCAUCUUGAUCAUUGUGGUGCCCUUCCAUAUUUUACGGAAGUGUGUGGAUAUGAUGGCCCAAUUUACAUGACUUAUCCAACCAAGGCCAUUGCACCGAUUUUGUUGGAAGAUUACAGAAGAGUGAUGGUCGACAGGAAGGGUGACAUUUCAUCCAAUCAAGGAUUCUUUUCUUCAGAGGAUAUUAAAAAUUGUAUCAAAAAGGUUCAAGCAUUGAAUUUACAUCAAACUGUAAUAUUAGACGAUGAACUGGAAAUUAAGCCAUAUUACGCUGGUCAUGUUUUAGGAGCAGCCAUGUUCUAUGUGAAGGAUUUAGCAACUGGUGCGAGUGUUGUGUAUACAGGAGAUUAUAACAUGACAGCAGAUAGACAUUUGGGAAGUGCUACAAUCGAUAGAUGUAGGCCUGAUUUACUAAUUACAGAAACUACCUAUGCUACAACCAUAAGAGAUUCAAAGAGUAGUAGAGAGCGUGAUUUUUGUAAACAAAUUUAUGACACUGUUGUAAAUAAGAAAGGAAAGGUUCUGAUUCCAGUUUUUGCUCUGGGAAGAGUUCAAGAGCUUUGCAUUCUAUUGGAAACGUAUUGGGAACGAAAAAACCUAGGCAAGUCUGUACCCAUUUACUUCUCUGCUGGUAUGGUUGAAAAAGCGAAUUACUACUACCAACUGUAUAUUAAUUGGACAAAUGAGAAAAUCAAGACAACUCUAUUCGAUCAGAAGAGAAACCUAUUUAACUUUAGCAAUAUUCUUCCAUUUGAAAGAGCACUCAUGGACAUGCCAGGUCCAAUGGUAUUAUUUGCCACUCCAGGUAUGCUGCAUGCUGGCAUGUCAUUGGAGGUAUUUAAAAAGUGGGCUUCUUCUGAGAACAAUAAGGUAAUUUUACCUGGAUACUGUGUUGAAGGCACUGUUGGAAAUAAGGUCCUACGUAAUAAGGAUAAUAAGCAUUCAAAGAUUGAAAUUGAUUCGAGGACAACAGUUGAUAUGAGAUGUGAAGUGAAGCCAAUUUCUUUCAGCGCUCAUGCAGAUGCAAAAGGUAUUCUUCAGCUUAUUCGUACAGCUCAACCUAAGAACGUAAUGUUAGUUCAUGGAGAGCGAGACAAGAUGGCAUUUUUCAAAAAGAAGAUUGAGUCCGAAUUUAAAAUACCCUGCUUCGAUCCUCCUAAUGGUUGUACCAUUAAGAUCAAAACCGAUUCAUACGUAUCCUCAGUGAAUGUUAGUUUGAAUCUACUGAAGAGAACACUUUCAUCAUCGUCCUCUCAACUUUCCUCGCCUGUUACAAGUACAAUGUCAGACACCUCAUCGAUGUUUGAGUUCAAUAAUGACAACCAAAAGCGUAAAAAGAUUGAGGGUAUUUUAAUUUCGAAAGCCAAUGGCCAUACCAACUUGCCAGACCUCUCGCUCUUGGAACCAGGCCAGGCAGCAAGAGAACUCGGGUUGAGACAACACACAUUAAGCUUCACUAGAAAAAUUCCAAUUUCUCCCUUGACCAGUGGCAACAUGAACGACUCAGCAAAUCUCUUUCAUAUCAUUACUAACCUUUUGGAAAAACAGUUUGGGAAAGAUUCUCUCUCAUAUCCUUCUCCUCAAUCCAUUUCUCUGAAAAGUAUCAAAAUUACCUUUGAUUUACCUAACUUUAUCAGUGUAAAUUGGUUACUUACAGAUGAAAUUGAAGGAGAACGAGUAUGCCAAUUGUUAGAUCACCAUCUCUCCACACUCAAGCUCAACAUGAAACAGUAA